GAAUUUAAAUAAACAAAGAAACUGGAAAAAUCCCGCAAAUUUCCGGGCGACUUCUCCAACAAUUGGUGUUAGUUCCAAACAUUGAAACCCAUUGCCGUUAGUAUAUAUAUCCAAAACCUGCUUCCGAUAAGGCCAUUUGAAUCACGAAACACAGAACAGCAAAAUGAACAUCUUCAGCAAAAAACCUAAUCCCAAAGAGGCUCUUCGUGAGAGUAAGAGAGAAAUGACGCGUGCUACUAGAGGUAUAGAGAAGGAAAUAGGAACCCUGCAAUUAGAGGAAAAGAAACUUGUUGCUGAAAUUAAAAGAACCGCUAAAACCGGGAAUGAGGCUGCGACCAAAACUUUAGCCCGACAGCUGGUCAGGCUUAGGCAGCAGAUAGCUAAUUUACAAAGUAGUCGAGCUCAAAUGAGAGGCAUUUCAACUCAUACACAGGCAAUGCAUGCUCAAUCUUCAGUUGCCAUUGGCAUGAAAGGUGCCACCAAGGCAAUGUCAGCUAUGAAUAAGCAAAUGGCCCCUGAAAAACAAGCUAAGAUUAUUCGGGAAUUUCAGAGGCAGUCUUCGCAGAUGGAUAUGACUACUGAAAUGAUGUCAGAUGCCAUAGAUGAUGCUCUUGACGAUGAUGAGGCAGAAGAUGAGACUGAGGACCUUACCAAUCAGGUUCUAGAUGAAAUUGGUGUUGAUGUUGCCUCACAGUUGUCAUCAACUCCAACAGGUAGGAUUGCAGGAAAGAACACUGAAGCCGUCAGCAGCUCUGGUGUUGAUGAGCUCGAGAAGCGGUUGGCAGCCCUUAGAAAUCCAUGAACCAAAAAUAUAAAAGUUAAACUCCAGGUUUUACUUCAUUAAAUCAUUGAAGUUAUUCCCUAGAAUUAUCAUAUCUGCAAGUUGGUAAUUUUGUUUUGUAGAUAUGACAGUGAUGAUUCAUGUUUCCACAAGGUAGCAAAUACCUCCAUGUAACUUUGAUAUAAUUGUGUAUGGUAUACCUGUCGAUACCGAAUUUUCUUCUACUGAUAUGGUACUGACUAUGACUAUCAUGAUACAAAUGUUUGAGAAAUACAGAAUGCAUAAACCUUAAACGUUACUUGUUAGUAAAAUUUAACCAUCAAUUACAAAAGUUGAUUUCGAUUUUAGACAAAUUAAAAGGAACACCAAAAUAAACCAAAAAAGAGAAUUAAUCUAAUAAUUCAAUUCAAAAAUUUUCACAAAUAAAUUUUUUGAAAGAUGUUGGUGAGAAUAAAACGUCUACAAUUGAGAUUGUAAGUUAUUAAAAAGAUCAGCUUGCAACUGAUAAUCUUCUCCAUCAUUUCCUUAACGAGAGGAGCUCAAAACUUCGAAGAGGGUGAUUGUCACGGCUACCUUUAACAGUGGCCGAACGGUUGGAUGUUUUCGACUCGAAGGCAAGGAGUCUUU